AUGAAAAUUAAUUGGAAGUGCCCUGAUUGGAAGACUUAUACUCUUGAUCCCCCUCCUUUGAAAGAGCACGUUGAGAAAUUGGCCAAGCUAGGCUUGAAAGAUCCAUGGGCUCGCAAUUAUGCUUGGCAAUAUUUACCGAAAAUUUACAAACCUCGUUAUCAACGGUUUAGAGAAAUACUUCUUGCAAGACUACCUCAUGGUGUAGCUCUAGGAAUUGUAGCCUCGAUCCUAAUAAAUCAAUUUGACAGAUGGCGUAAAGGCGAAUUCAGUGCAGCAAAACAUUAA